AUGGGGAACUGGAAGGAACUGGGUGUAGUCCCCGACUCGGACGACGAAGGCUUCGACUCUGAGGACUCCUUGCCUCCACCAGCACGAUACAGUCCGCCCAAGCCACCGCUCGAAAAACGGCACGACGACAUCUGGGAAUUUUCAGGCUCGUCAGGGCCCGUCGAUUCUCAACAGGAGACCACAACUGCUAAUCUGCUGCAUGAGAGAACCCUCGACAAGCCCAGUGAACCACCGUCAACUGCCUCGGAGGAUCUUGGAACAGAGGCUCAACAUGCAUCCUAUCGGGGACGGCGAGAUGCACCCAGCAGCAGCCUUACGGCUGGAGGCGAUGUGCCUGAUCAUAUGACACGCGGCAAAAUCCCCCAAAACAAGCUUGAAAGCAGCUCUGCGGUCCAGAGCUUACCCACCACGAUCCCACCCGAGAGAGACGAGAUAUCAUCCAGCGUUGUCCAGAUACUUGCGCCUUCCGCCAAUCCCUUCCCUGGCAGCUCCCUCAAACCCGGUCCCGAGGCACGAUUCCCGGGAGUACAUCGCGAGGCCAAUCACAAUAGUCAGCCGCCAAACCAGCCUCAGAGUACGCAUAUUCGGCGAGACAGGCCUGUGGAGUCCUCGCCACGAGCUGGUCGAUCCCUACGACCUCGGAAGCCGAUUCAAGAACAUCCAUAUCUCCUCGAGAAUGCCCAGUACAGUCGUUUCAUGAAAUCCCAUGGCGUCAAGCCUAUUCAUAUUGCUCUACAGGAGCAGAAUCUCAGCAAAAGCCUCGACAAAAAUGUGUCGCAAGAGCAGGACUACACAGGCGGAGAGAGCCAGCCAACUUCAGUUGGUCCAGGUGAAGAAUCGCAGGGCCUUCGAACGAACACCUUCAGUUAUUCCUUAGAUGAUGAUGUGGAUGAAUUGGCCUUGUCGCCAUCGCCACGAACUUCAUCGUCUCAUCGUCAGCCACAGACGAGCAGUGAGCACGGUCGCAGCCAACAGACGGACGACACAAGUAUCAAUGGAGAGGAGUUCCCAGACAUCAAAGACCUUGCUCUAAAACCGACGAAACCCAUCAAACCGUCAAAACGAACAACGCCGUCUAGGUCAACCACGUCGAGGAAGCGACUGAAAAGCAGGCAUGAGAUGCUCGAGCAGCUACCGCAGCCCGUACACGUGGAUGACGAUUGGGACAUUCCGCCUUCGCCUGGUCCCCUGCGGGUGGACCCGGCGUUGGCCAACUCCCCAACUCCUGAUUCCUCACCUCGGCCGUUCUUUCAGUCAAUAGAUGAUACUUUUGCAUCCACAUCUCUUCAGCGACGGAGCAAUGGUGCUGACGUCGAAAACUGGUCCGAGCUGGUCGACCUUACCAAUGAUUUGGAGGGUGGCGAGGACGAAGAUGCUUCGGAACUAGAAGACCGCUCCUCAGGCAGCGAUUCCGAUAUCAUACAGAGGACCGGAAAGAGGAUAAAAGGUGUGCUGCCUGCUUCAUGGCUCAGGUUGGAUCAGCAAACCAACAAGACUGUGCAGAAAGGCGCUCUCAAGAGGCCAACAUCUCCGCGCUCUCCAGACGGGCGGCAGCGUGGAGUGGCCACGGUGAGGCACGCAACAGCCAUGGUAACUAGCAAUUUCCUCCAGGACUUUGACGACGACGACGAAGUAGAAGAAGAAAGAGAAGAAGACGCGCCGGGACAGACGGUUGACCUCCUGAGUCACGGCCUUGGGCACGAGUUAAGCUCUCCUAGCAACGGACUGGAGGGUAUUGACGAUAACUUGUCAGUAAUCGAGGAAGACUACGUUGACUGGAUGCUACCGGGAGGCAAACGGAAUCGCACAUCAAGAGGCAUCCCGAACAAGAAGAGGAAGAAUACACAGCAAAGGUUGUUCAAAGGAGAACAGCGCUAUCGACAACCCAAGAUCUCAAAUUCUUUGCAUUGUGCAAAUCGCUCAUCAAGCGGCGCCGUCAAGACCUGGCACCCCAAGACCAAUGCCAAAAAGAAAACUCAAAAGACACGAGCUGCAUCGCCACCGGCCCUGGGCAUUACAGAUGUUGUCGAGCCCAGUGCACCGAGGUUCAUCAGGAUCGCUGCAAGAGCUGCCAGCAGGCGUCAAGAUCUGGGCAGAUCGAAACCCAACAACAAGGCCAUCAAUCUCGGAACUCGCAAGGACAACGUCGAGGUUCACUCGAUUCUUAGAGACUGGACAAUGGGCAACAUCAAGCAGAAAGCGUUACGCCGGCAACCGACCUCGGGCCUUUCGCGAACUGGGCAAGACGCGCGAAGGCCAAGACGACCUCUUGGGCAGCUAUCGUCGAAUAUCACAAAACAUUCUAGACCCCGUGCCGGCGUAUCCUUCAGAAAACCUUCAAAGGUGACGAGACAAGUAAGCCUGAACAACUUCGUGAUCACCAGUAAAGCGGCCGCGGAAGAACCUCGCCCGGAGCAUGAUUCCACCCGACGGACAGCUCCUGGAAGGACCCAAUCGCACAACCUGGGUGACGACUACCUUAGCAGGCCAGCGCAGCUUGAGGCUGAUAUAUUGCAUGGCGGGGAAAACACAGCCUUCAUUGCGAGGAAGAAGAUGCUGGAUCUCGUCUUUCGCAAAACCAGAAAAGAGAUCUUAGCUCCAACUUUCCAUUUCCAGAGAUGCCCGUCGGACGAAGCACAGCCCGUGAAGAACCAGAACGAAGUUGCCUGCUCCGAGCACAGUAUUCUUGGCCUCGGGCAGCACAAUGGCCGGAUAUCCAAAACUACGAAAGCCCGCUUUCGCAAGCAGAUUGCACCGAAGCGUCUUGACCUAGAUGCGCCCCAAUUCAGACAUGCGAAUGACCCACUCCUGCCAUACGAAGCUCCCGUCAACGAAGAAUGUCUCGAAGCACCACGUCAAGAGCAGAGUAAGAUUGUGGGGCUGGGACCCUACGGCACACAGUAUACACACCAUUUCGAUAUCUUCCCCCUGCAAGAAGAUGUCUUCUUUCAUCACAGCACCCUCAUUGGAAAUGGCACGUUGAAAAAAGCUCUAGACUGCCACGGCGUUGUCGGCACUAUAUUUGACUUCUUUGGCCAGCAAAAUCUCUCGAAUCUGAGGAACGAGGAAGUUAACAAGUCGCCACAAUUUCUAGAGAACCUUGGUGGCAGGACAUCUUUAUCUGUUGACGCCGAGGAUCGAUGUUUUCACAUCUUCCUCAAGAUGUUGGCACUAGCGAUCCAGACCAUGAGAAAACGGGGCCUCUCCAACGACAUCCGAAAUCUCAUCGCCCGGACUCUCCCCAACCAUGACCGCCAGUACUCAAAGGAGCAGACGAUUCACGCCCAUGAUCUUGCUGCCUUGAGAAACCACCACGACUUAUUGUGUACUCUCUUCUGGGCCGCCCCUCCUGAGGAACGGCCUGCUGUCCACUUGAUCGAGAAACUGGUCUCCCCUGGAAGUUCUCAUAAAGAAGCAGUCCUUGUCAACCUCCGGGCAUGGAGACAGCUUGCGACCUUCGUCGUGUCUUCGGGUGCCACAGUUGACGUCUACGGCCCACUCAUGAAAUGGCAGAAUCACGUCUUUGAGCAGGUCCUCGAACAAUAUCAUUUGGCAGCCGGCGAAAUUCAGCGCCAGUUCAUGUCCAUGCCCUCGGAAACCAAGAAAGACAUUGGUCAGCAAGUGGUCGACAGCUUCGUCUCUGCAAAUCAGACCGCGGCAAAGGAUGUGUUGCACUUCAGUGUGAUGGCGUCACUGGCAGUCAUGAAGAACUCUCCUUCGUUGGCUUCUGCCAUGUUCUCUUUCAACACAGUCCAGUUGAGAAAAGCGCUUACCAAUGCCAGCACUGAUGGCAAAGACCUGGAUUGUGGUGUUCUGCAAGGUUGUUUUGAGACGGUCGAGCUCUUUCUGGAACGUUUGGAGAAGCUUGGCGAUGUGCUCAAGGAGGAAUCCGAUGACUCUCUCUCAUCAUCAAGUGACAACCGCGAGUACGCCGAUGCUGUCGAGUUACUAGAUGAAAAAGUUGUCCAAGGAUUCUUCAUCGCCGUUCGUCAGGUGCUUUCCUCUUCUGUGUCCGUAAGAGGCUCCUAUCACGAUGCAGUCUCCAUCAUCCGGGAGAAAGCCAUCACCCUCUCGGGUAGAAUUGCGAGCAUGCUCAUCAGUGGUGGGAAGAGAUCACUGAAGCAUUUCUUCUCCAUUGGGAAGUAUGGCUUGUUUGAGAACGCCCCCCAAAAUCUCAGCUUGGACAACAGAAUAUACCUGCCUCUUUUCGUGGCCACCUUACUGAAGAAUCACGUCUUCGAUUUCUCCAGCAUCGGCUGCAGCCACUUCGACAUCUGGCUGUUGUCACUGGUCAAACCUUUCCACGCCCUCAAGUAUGAGAUGCACCUCGCCGAGACGCUCAAGAUGUUAGACUUGGGUUACAUGAGGAGAGCUGCUGUCAUCGACGGAAUGCGCCCCAACUACCGUACGAACCGCGACUUCUUUGCCUGCGCGGUCUCUCAUAUGCGAAAGGAAAUACAACAAAGCGACCCUUCGCGGCGGAUGCCUCUGCGUGCCAAGUACGAGAAACUUCUCAAGUUGGUAAUGCAGCAGAUGAGGUUAGACAUCACAUCCUUGGACUUGAACUCGGACCAGCACAAGGAUUACACAAGCUUCGUCCGCGAGAUUGUGGCGCUUAUUCAGUCUCAUGGCACAGGAAUCAGUCUAGUCGACUCGUUUUACCUCCAGGCCAGUGCGGAGUUCAGCCCUGCCACAGAGGAUCCUAAGCUACACUCGGCCGUCAUCGUUGGGUAUGGGCUCAGGCUGGGAGAAGGCGACACGACAGCGGGUCCCCAGCUGUUCUCCUUCUUGUACAACCACUUCAAGCGUUUCAUGGCCGACGGCCAACUCGACGCAGAGAGCAAAAUUAUCGAAAACGGCAUGACCAAUGACAAUAUACUGGCAUUUGCUCUCGGCCGCAUGAUGCCCGCCAUCAUCCAGACGGCGUGCAAAAACCCUGAAGUCUGGCCACUUUUAGGGGUUUAUUCGAAGGCCUUGGGUGGUCUCUUCGGUAGGUCGCCCUUGCCCAGAGAAAUCCCUGAAAAGUCUAUCGACCACUCUAUCUCCCUGCUGGAGACCAUCUUGGGCUAUCUGGGGAGCCUCAAGGAGCAAAGCACGCCCGAGACAGCGAUGAGUCCACCGCAGGUGCAAUUGUUCGCGCAAAUGAUGGAAGUCUGCCAUGCCAUUCGCCCGAGGUUGAUCUGCUGGCUGCUACAACCCUCGCUGGAUCCGACGAAGAGGCUGCAGGGAUGUAUUGACAAGAUUAGUCUAAUCAGUAGGCAAGCAAAUGCCUACCUCGAUGGUCUGCGUGGCUCGCAAGGCCGAGAGAUGCCGCUGCCACGGGUCAUCGUCGGACAGCUCCUCGCUGGCCUUGCAGACACUGCCACGAGUGAUUCCGUGUUGUCCGGCGCGGACGGGCAAGUGAUCAACUUCGCGCAACGUCUCCAGCACGAGAUGCAAAGCUGUUGGACCAUUACAGACGUGGCCAACACAGCCACGGUGGCCGCCACCUCCUCGACGCAACUAGGCAGUCAGCCGGGGCAGAGGAUUAGCACGGCUUUCGUGUGA